AUGAUUCUUUCCAGAUCUUUGAACAUCACUCUCCCAGUGAAGAAGUGGAGUCAAAUUUGCUUUAUCUUGUACAAGAAGAUCAUGCUGCAGGUCUAUCACAACGGCUUACUGUACAACACUGUCAACAUAACCAAAUUCGUCUACAACAACUUACAACAGCAAAACACCACUGUGUUACCACAAGAAAUAACCAUUGAAGGAACAGGCACAAUGGUACCAGCAUUUGAGCAAAUUUCUCCUGGUGUUGUGGACAGAAACUCAAGCUCAUAUUUAACUGUGACCAGAUUAUAUGUGGUGGAUAAAUCUGAAUUGGCAAACUAUGAAAUACUUCGUCUUUUUAAUGAACCGUAUUUUUCUGAGGUUACCAGAGACUUUCGUGUAGACUGGACAGAAUUUUAUCAGCCUGAUGCGAGCUCUAAUACGUCUGCAUUGGUCACGCCAAGUAAAGAACCUGAUUUAGGUAGGCGUUGUUUAGAGGCCGAUAAGAGUAACAUUAGCCGGGCGUGGAAAAAGUAUCACAACCUGGGAUCUAGUUCCCAAAAUAUUUUUGAGAUCUACAUUUUUGCAGAAAUUCUCACAGACAUGUUUUUAUGUUUGAUAGUUGAUUCUGAAAAUUCCACUGAUUGAAUUCUAGAUAUUAUUCCACUGAUUGAAUUCUAAUUAUUGGAAUGAUUGAAUACCUAAUUUACAAACUCGAUACCCAAAUUACAACAAUUCGGAAUGAAAAUUUCAUUGCAGUAGGAAAUGACUACUUCAGGAUUUAUCUUGUAUGAUUUUUCAGUCAUAAAGACAUAUUGUUUCACACGACAACACGUCUUAAUGAAUUCAAGGUAAAAUAGUCACGAAAAAUAAUUUUGUUAUUUUCUCUCAAUAUUGUAAUAUUCCAUACAUUUGUCUUUUAGGAAACUUUGAUUUGCGAUUUCCUGGCAAUCCAGAUGUGACCAUAGACAUCCCAUAUAUUCCCCCGUUGGACACAUUUUCCCUCUCAAUGUGGAUAAGAGUAAAUACGAGUCAUGGUGAAGACGCAACGAUAUUUGAACUGGACUCUGGACGUGGAACAGUACUGAAGCUACAGCGACGUGGUCUGAGAUUUGAAUUUCUCUUUAAUUGUUCUAACUCAACAGUUAAAUUGUAAGUUUUAAGUUAUGAAUGUUCAGAUGAGAACAGUUACGUCAUAUACACAUAUAAAAAUCUUACAACUUGUCAACAAGAUGUGUUCGCAACAGGUUUGUGGCAAGCUUGUCAACAAGUUGUAACAAUUCUGUUAUUUUAUCAAGUUGCUACAAGGUUGUCACUCACAACUUGUUGACAAAUUGUUGAAUUGCAGGACGAUAACAAGUUGUUGAAACAACUUGUAACAAGUCUGUUGAGCUCAACAACUUUGUAGCAAGCUGUAAACAAGCCGUUGACAACUUGUCAACAAGCUGGGAACACAUCCUGUUGACAAGUUGUUGGAACAGCAUUGCUACAAGUCUGCUGCAGGUUUGUUACAACUUGUGCGUUUUUACGUAGUAUGUCGUAUGUCCAUUAAGAAUCAAACACUGACUUACUUUUCAGGUCAUAUCCAAAUGUGAUAACUGAUGAUAACUGGUUUCAUCUAAUAUUUCAACGGGCGAAACCCAACCAUAAGAUCCACCAGUACAAACACGGCUCUUAUAUGCAGACAAAACGAGAUCUAAGGUUAAACGUCACCAUGCUUGAAAUUCAUAAUUGUACCAUCAGAAUCGGUGAUGGUACUUUUGUUGGUGACAUUACAAGUCUGAACUUGUGGUCCGUGGCGUUUACUGGGAAUAUGAUUGUGUCGCUGGCUUUAAAUCCUGGAAAUGCUGCUGGAGAUAUAUUUUCUUGGAAACGUUUAAUGGAGCAAAGUUACCAAACAAGUCUUACUGUUCCGUCUACUUGUCGCCAACGACCGGGUAAGGAUAACUUUCCUUUAAGAAAUGAAAGUCGAAUAGUAGUGAAUAGGCAAUUCGAGCUAUAGCCUAAAUUUUGAUCUAGGCAAGAAGAACAAAAUCAAUCACCACAGCUAGAAAGAGCAUGUUAAAAUGAGUAAAAUUGCAAAGUUUGGUUGCGAAAUGUUGUAAAAUGAGGAAAAUAUAACCCUACGAAUUUUGCAAAUUUUGUAUUAAUUUGUAUCACGCACGGGAAAACGCCCCACAUUUAUUAUUAUUAUUAUUAAAUAUAUUUACUGAUUUUGUAACCGAAGGUUAAAUUACAUCAGCUAUACUACAAAUAAUUAAAUAUAAAGGAGUAAACUACUAUUUACAGUUUAAUUUCGAAAUAAUUUGUGGUAAGAAGGAUUUUCUAAAACGUUCUGUUUUACAAUAAUAAUUAUUAUAUUUACAAUUUCCCCUCGUAUCAUAGACCGAAGAGGAUUUAUUAGGUAAAAAUUCAUCCAAUUUUUGAAGGUUCUCAUCUCUCAAAAAGAACUGUUCGCAUAAAAUCUCACGUCGUUCUUUCAAGGAUGGAAUAUUAAUAACUUCGCGUGCAUCGUUAUAGCUAAUUUCUGGUAAAAUAAUUUUCAAAGCUCUUCUUUGAACCCUUUCAAUAUCAUCAUUCAAAUAACCUGGAAUGUUGAAGUGCCAAACUUGGCAAGCGUAUUCUAAGACUGGCCUUAUAAUAGUGGUAAAUGCGAUGGAUAACAUUCUAGUGUCAGCGUUGGCUCGUUUCAAUAACCUGAGCAUAUACAAUCUUUUCCCAGAUUUCUUAACAAUUUUAUUAACGUGUUCAUUCCAAUUCAUUUUGGUUUGGAUCGUAGCGCCGAGAAUUUGGGCAGAAUUUACACGUUCAACCUCAGUGUUCUCGAUUAAUAAUGCUGGGAAAUUCCGUUUUACCCUACCAAAGUCAAGGAUCAUUUCUUUACAUUUAGUGACAUUAAGUUUCAUAUUAUUUGUAACCGUCCAAUUAUAGAUAUAGUCGACGAGAUCCUGAAGAUUACUGCUACAAUCAACCAUGACACUUUCAGUAGCCGUACUAUCAUCUACAUACUUCCAUCGGUCGGGCCAUUCAUCGAGGAGAUCGUUGAUCAUAACCAAAAAAAGAACAGGACCCAAAACAGUUCCCUGCGGUACUCCUCCGUUUAAAACUUUCCAACUCGAAGACCAACUACCCAGCUUCACACAUUGCCUCCGUCCAGUUAAAAAACUUUUAAUCCAAUUAAAAAUAUUUGGGGGAACGUUCAAUUCCAAUAAUUUAUGCAACAAAAUGUUGUAGUCUAUCAGGUCGAAAGCCUUAGAAAAGUCAAGAAGAAACACUCUAACGGCGCACUUUGACGCAUCAGUUUCCUUUAAUAAGUGAUGUACCAAACUAAUUAAAUUAUUAGUCGUUGAGGAAUUCUUCAAAGAGCCAAAUUGCCUCUUAUCAAUUUUGUUCUUGAUUGAACUAAUCAACCAAUCAGAUACAAACGAUUCGCAGAUUUUAGACAAAGUGGGUGUCAAUGAAAUAGGACGCAAAUCGGUUGUUAUGUCUGCAGGUACCGAUAUUUUUGGUAUUGGAAUAACUUCAGCGUCUUUCCAUACUGCAGGAACGUGCUGUUGCUGUAUCGAAGCAUUAAAAAGUGAGGCAAUUGGUAAGGCUAAGAUAUAAGCAUAAUGUUUAAGUACCCAAUUUGGGAUGCCGUCUGAACCUGACGAUUUCGAGACACAUAUAUCAGACAAUUUAUUAUAUACACACUUUCUUCGUCAAUAAUAAAUUGGGGAUGAAUGUUACUUUCAUUAAACUCGAACUGACUUUCUGUAGAUUCUGGCUGUAAAGGUGUAAUUUCAUUAGUAAUUGAUAUGAAGAAGUCGUUAAUUUUAUUUGCUAAAACAUUUCCAAUAACAAUCUCAUUGUCAAGGACCAUAGACGAUAUUGCCUUUCUCUUCGGAUACCCUGCGAAUUGUUUUAAACAAUCCCACCACUUUUGCGGGUUAGGAUUAGAUUUAAGCUGGUCCAUUUUUUUAUCAAGAUAGCUGGACCUCAGUUGUUUCCUUUUUCUAUUGGCUAGGUUACGCAAAUAAUUGUACUUUUGGAUAUUCGGGCCGAAAGUGGUGCAAAUUCCCGUAAUACAAAAUUUGCAAAUUUCGCAGGGCUAUAUUUUCCUCACUUUACAACAUUUCGCAACCAAACUUUGCAAUUUUACUGAUUUUAACAUGCUCUUUCUAGUUUUUCUUGCCGAGAUCAAAAUUUAGUCUAUAGCUGCAAUUAUCCAUUGUUGGAGCACGAAAUGGUGAAUUUGUCGACCUUUUUAAAAAUAGCUGUGAAUAUAAAGGCUGGUUUACACUAUCAAAGUUUCUGUGAUCACAGUAGGAAUUUUGAAGGAUUUGUAAGAAAUGUUUGAGGAAAAUGAUUCAGCGUUAAACAUUAAGUCAGUUCCCUCAAACAUUUCUCACAAAUCCUGCAAAACUUAGAAUUUACCCAUGAAAAAAUCCUACUGUGAUCACAGAAACUUUCACAGUGUCAACCAGACUUAAUAUUCAUUGCCAAUUUUUUUUAACUUUUCAUUUCAUCAGGUCAGUUUGACAUCGUAUUUCCGGAACAAAAUCACAACAGCAUAAGCUAUAUUUCCACGUCGAGUUCAUACUUGAAUAAAUUCAACUCAAUCGCGGCCGCAUUUUGGAUCAAAAUUCCGUCUUCUGCCGAUGAAUUCACUUUGAUAUCGUACGCUGUACCAAGUGAAGUGAACGAGUUCAGUGUUCAUUUUGGAACCACUGGAAUAUGCGUUUAUCUCCAUGGAAACCUGAGGUAUGACUUGUUUUAAACUGUUCUUCCUAGAGGUUCUCUAAGGAUCAUCUCUUAUUGAUCCAGUGUUACUACAGGAGGAAACCUAAACUAACUUUAUUUAUACUGGACAGCUCUAUCAGUUCUAAACUGUUCUCCCUGGAGGUCCAGUAAGGAUAAUCUCUUAUUGGACCGGUGUAUUGUUAAUUCGAGAAGCAUCUUUUUCUUUAGGUUUAUUCCAUUGGAGCGUUCUAAGCUGCUGGACAGAAAAUGGCAUCACUUCAUUAUUUCCUAUGCAUCAAGUAAUGGCAUUCUGUAUUGCUAUCACAACGGCAAACUAACCAUGAAAGACCGCGGUCUCGCCAAAUCCUUCAUUGCGAAAGAUGGUGUACUCGUGAUAGGCGCUCAACAAAGUCGCUAUAAUGAAGUAAACGAAUUCAUAUUUCAGUUUACCGGUGAGAUAUCACAACUUCAGAUCUAUCGAAGGACAUUUUCACAAGGUGCGAUACGUACGUUUUCUGCCCGGUGUUCAAAUAUUCCGGGGAACUUCUUCCGAUGGGCUGAUAUACCUGCCGGGAUUAAAGGCCAGGUACGCAUACGUCACCAGUCUGAAUGCUUGAAAGCUAAAAGUGGCGAAGUUGACUGACUUUGAUGUAUUUAGAACAUGUAUGUAGCCAUGUUUCCCAAAGGUGGGCAAACCAGGGACCAUUGUUUCCUAGCCAUGUUUCCCAAAGGUGGACAAACCAGGAAACAUUGUUUCCUAGCCAUGUUUCCCAAAGGUGGGCAAACCAGGAAACAUUGUUUCCUAGCCAUGUUUCCCAAAGGUGGGCAAACCAUGAAACAUUGUUGGUGAGAAACCAGAAAACAUAUAAACAUAGGCGUACGGGAAGGAAAAAAUUAG